UUACACACAAUACUGAAAGUGUUGAAAGACGUUUUCUGCUGAGCCUCUUAUUCAGCAUAGGACUUGCAAUAUGGCUUUAAUUAAACAACUCUUGAGUUUAUACUUACUGCUUCUGCUUGUGGGUGGAAAUGCUGUCCUUACAGAAUCAGGUGAAAACACACCUGCUCCCACUACACCUGCACCAGGUGAAACCACACCUGCUCCCACUACACCUGCACCAGGUGAAACCACACCUGCUCCCACUACACCUGCACCAGGUGAAACCACACCUGCUCCCACUACACCUGCACCAGGUGAAACCACACCUGCUCCCACUACACCUGCACCAGGUGAAACCACACCUGCUCCCACUACACCUGCACCAGGUGGAACCACACCUGCCCCCACUACACCUGUACCAGGUCCAUGUGCCUCGAACCCUUGUCCUUUAGACAGCACUUGUCAAGAUCUCCUGAAUAAUUACAGAUGUGUGUGUCGACCGGGACUGUUCUAUGAUGAAGUACAGAAAUUUUGUUAUCUAGCAAAGACUUUCCCAACCGAGUUAAAAUUGACAAUGGUCUUUGAGAAAGGAAUGGAAGACAAGAACUCAUUAAUAUUCCAAAAAACAGCAGAUAAUAUUCUUGCUUCGCUUUGGGUUGCUUUUACGGAUCCUGCUUAUCUUGGAUCCACAGUGUUGAGUCUAAAAAAAGGCAGUGUGAUAGCAGAUGUAGAGAAUUUCUUCAGCCCCUCAUCAGACGUUACUGCACUCACUGUGGAGAAAGAAUUAAAUAAAGCAAUUGAAGACAAAGUUGGGGUUUUAUUAGACGCUAACGUCAUGUAUGACAACAUAUGCAGUAGAGGAUUCUGUCAUGAUGAAAGCACAACAUGUGAUCCAGGCAGUGGUCUAGCUUCAUGCACAUGCAGGGAUGGAUAUAUCAAGAUAAUGCAAACAAACCGGACAUGCGCUGCCUGUCCAAGUGGUCAGAAAGCAGUGAAUCAGGAAGAAUGUAAACUAUGUGAUUUUGGAUUCUCUGGUUUCAACUGUGAAGAUCCAUAUCUCUUAAUCCUGGUUGUGCUGGCCUGUGUUUUGGGUACACUAUUUCUCGCCACUCUCACAGGUGCUAUUGUCUUGUACACAAGGUCAAAGAAAAUGACCAAAUCUCCAGAAAAAAUACCCGCAAAUGGCAAUCUGGAGUUCACUAAACCUGCAGGAAUUCCCAGGAUCCCACGGGUUAACCCUAAUUCUGGUUGGCAACCAACCAAUCUGGAGAUGACAGACAGUGGAAGUAGACACGCCCUGGUGACAAAAGAUCGCACAGAGACCACAGCGAUGUGGAACUAUGACUACCCUGAAGACACAAGGAGCUAUAAGAGCCAGACACCUUCUAGAACAGGAUAUGCAGCCGCAGGAGCUUAUAAUGGCUCCAGGGUCACAAGGAACCCUUACUCUGAUGCAUAUGAUGACAAAAUACGCAGAUACUAAUAUUACAGCCUAUAGGGCUUAAUCUAGUGAUUUCUACAGCAGAAACUCUAUAUCGAUGAUGCGAUAAAAAGCAUUGAUACAAGUGGGAAACAUUCUUAAAGUGUUAAGCCUCAACAUGUGAAUUGAUAUGAUGCAAAUAAUUAAAGAAAGUCAUUUAGUGAAGUAUAUGAUGGACAAAGACAAAUGAAGAACAUUACAAUCAGGGGCUUGUGUGAGUGUGUGUGUGUGUGUGUGUGUGUGUGUGUGUGUGUGUGUGUGUGUGUGUGUGGGUUUAUGUGAGAGUAUGGGACAGUUGAGAUGUGCACAUGCCCAAAAUGUGCUCAGUGCUACAUGAUCACAUGAAUGUAUCUUAAUCUAAAUCAUGAUUUUUUUUUUUAUUAUUAUUUUCGGUUUUAGGAAAAAAAAAAUCUCACAUAUUCAAAUAGAAAAAUGAAGUUAAUUUAUUAUAUUAUGAUUAAAUUGCUUGGAGCUAAAAUAACGGUCCAUUCUGAUCCAGGAGAUGUCACUGUUUAGUGUAGUUUGGGUUUAUUCCCUCUAGAAAUCUGAAUGAUCUGACUGUGCUUUUGCUGCUUGUGUCUACCGUUCUAAUUGUUUAUUUAUGCUGCUGCCAUUUUUUCUGUUUUUAUGACUUAACGUUGCCCAGGAUUAAUCUUAGUUACAGCCACUUCAAAACAAGCACAAGUGGUCACUCAAUGACUUUACAAUGCUAUGACGCAUUGUGUACUAUUCCUGCAAAUUCUAUGGGAAUUAGGUAUAUAAAGUGUAUAAACAGAUAUGUAACUGAGAUCAAUCUGUUGUGUUGCAUGUGCUACUCAAAUGAGACAAGCAUAUAUUUAUGUAAAUGAUGAAUACACAAAGCAAUAAAAACAAGUAUUAAUAAAAGGGGAAAAAAGACUGUUCAUUAUUAGCAUUGAUGCUAAUGACAUGUGUUAAUAUAUGUGUACUGUGUUUUAACGAAUAGAGCUUGUUUGUGAAAAGUAGGGCUGGUUUGAGUAUUCCAGGAAAUGUUGAUCCUCUGGGAAUUUCAUGUGGAUUUAUCUAGAGUUUAUACACACACAAAAAAAAGUGGCAGUUGCCAUUUAUAGGCAAAAUGCCAUUUAUAACUGCGUUGCGAAAUGGCUUAUUGUAUUAAUGAGUGAAUGUACUGGUCUUUCUAAUAAAGUGACUGUUAAGUGUAAAUGAUUAGUUCAUACUGAA